AUGCUUGGACUAUCUCGACAAUAUCCUCAGCACCUGUCUUUUGAGCCUGACAGAUUUGUACCAUCUUUGCUACUAGCCAGCACCUCUCCCACAACUGCAUACAGGCAAAAUGCCCAGGGACCUGACCCACUUGCUGGGGUCUCUGAACCACCUCAUCCAUUCCAAAACAUGACCAUUUAUCAUCUCAUGACAUGGAUGAACUCCAGCAGCUACCAAAAGUCACAGACUGAAGUAAUGCACCUCAUCAAAGAUGUCAUUCAAGCCAAGGAUUUUAACCCCAAGGACCUUGAUGGGUUUUUGGAGACUGCCACUUUUCCCAACAAUUGGGUCAAGACAGAUGUCAACUUGGACAUUCCUUCAAAGUCCAAAGAUGUCCAGGGCGUAUCAUUUAGUGUUCCAGGCUUCCAUUAUCGGCCCCUUGUAGCAGUGAUCCAUGCUGCAUUCUCUGACAUUCAAGCAAACACAUUUCAUCUGUUUCCUUUUAAGUGCUUGUGGAAGGAUCCUCUGGAUGGCCAUGAAGAGCAUGUGUUCGAUGAGCUUUACACCUCUGACUCAUGGCUGGAAGCCCAGGACAACCUGCAGAGGCAGCCAAAAGAACCUGGCUGCUCACUCAAAUGCAUCAUCACUGGACUCAUGUUCUUUUCUGAUGCAACUCACCUUACAAACUUCAGAAUGGCUAAGGCCUAG